CCGGUAAAACUUGUUUCUACUGUGGCAUUAAAAUGGCUGAAAUCCUGGGUGUUCAUCAAUUGAUUGAUUCUGAGGAAUUCUUUUUUCAAUUUUGAAUGAAAAUGAAAAUAAUGCCUAAACAGGAAACUUGGAUUGGCAUUCCCGGUGACGGGAGAUGUUUGUUCCGCUCGGUGAUUCACGGUGAUUGGCUGAGGUCAGGGAAGCAGUCUCCGAGUGAGAGCUGUCAGAAAGACCUUGCCGAUGAACUCAGAGCUAAAGUUGUUGACGAAUUCAUCAAGAGGCGGGCCGACACCGAAUGGUUCCUCGAGGGUGAUUUCGACAACUAUGUCAUGCAGAUGCGGCAGCCUCAUAUAUGGGGAGGAGAACCUGAGUUGCUCAUGUGCUCACAUGUCCUACAGACCCCUAUAACAGUUUACAUGAGGGACAAGAAUUCGGGUACCCUUAAAAUUAUAUCCGAGUACGGUCAGGAAUACGGUAAGGAAAACCCCAUCCGAGUUCUGUAUCAUGGUUAUGGACACUAUGAUGUAUUGAUGAGUACAGUAAGCAGUGCCUCUUCUAAACUGUUGAAGAUAGAUGACUAGGGGAUAAUUGCACUGUAAAACAGGAGAUGCUAGGAAUUCUGUACUGAUAGUGUCCUUUGAGAAUGUAAUUAUAUGAAACUCUUUUCAGGUGCAAAUUACACU